AUGUCGACCGCCACGCGUGACCAGGAGGCGCAAGUGCGCCGCGAGCUUACCUCGCGCUGCAUUGCCAUCAUGAACCGCGCCGACCAGAACCUCCUUGACUACAUGAAGUACCACAUCGACUCUGUGGACGUUUCCAAGGGCCCAAACUAUGAAAAGGUCAAGAAGUUUGGCCAGAUUCUUAUCGACAACUGCAAGGAGGUCGUCGACCUCCCGCCCGUCUAUCGCGACGUGGCCCUCCACACGGCUCCUCACACCGAGGUCUCGGCCAAGGGUGACAUCCAGUACUCUGAGAUCCCGCGUACCAAGGUUCGCAAGCUUGAGAGCUACGUCAAGGAGAUGGCCUCGGGUGGUGAAGUCGAGUCUCAGGUCAACCUUGAGAAGGUUCAGUCCGACAUUGAGAAGCUCUGGGAACUCGUCAACGCCCAGCCUUCCAUCACCCCCGCCCAGAAGGCCGCCAUCAAGUCCAUGUACGGCGAGGUCGUCAAGUCGCUCGGCCAGCAGGCCGAGGCCGAUGACCCGGUUGCCCGUACCCGCAACGCUGGCGACAAGCAGCGCCGCGACAGCUCGCAGUUCCUGCGCCCCAACGUCCAGGACCGCACCGAGGUUGACGAGGAGCACCUUCCCUUCCUCCACCUUAAGCGCAAGACCGGUACCAGCUGGGCUUACUCGAAGAAGCUCACCAACAUCUACCUCGACGUCCUUACCGAGAUUGCCACCUCGGGUGUUACGUUCCAGAAGAAAGCUGCCCUCCUCACUGGUGUUGGCCGCGGCUCGAUCGGUGUCGAGAUCCUCCAGGGCCUCCUUGCCGGUGGCGCCACCUGUGUGGUGACCACCUCGCGCUAUAGCCGCGCCGUCGUCGACUACUACAAGGGCAUCUUCCACGAGGUCGGCUCCAAGGGCUCCAAGCUCAUUGUCGUCCCCUACAACGGCGCUUCGCGUCAGGACACUGAGGCGCUCGUUGACUACAUCUACAACACCCUCAACAUCGACCUCGACUACAUUGUCCCCUUUGCCGCUCUCCCCGAGAACGGCCGUGAGAUCGACAACAUUGACGACAAGUCCGAGCUGGCCCACCGCCUCAUGCUGACCAACGUCCUCCGCCUCCUCGGUGCCGUGAAGACCAAGAAGGCCGCCAAGAAGUUCGUUACCCGCCCUACCCAGGUUGUGCUCCCCCUCUCGCCCAACCACGGUCUGUUCGGUAACGACGGUCUCUACUCAGAGUCCAAGAUCUCGCUCGAGACGCUCUUCAACCGUUGGAGCGCCGAGUCGUGGGGCGAGUACCUCUGCAUUGCCGGUGCCGUCAUUGGCUGGACUCGUGGCACUGGUCUCAUGAGCGCCACCAACUUUGUCGCCGAGGGCCUUGAGAAGCUCGGUGUCCGCACCUUCUCCGCCAAGGAGAUGUCCUUCAACAUCCUGGGUCUGAUGCACCCCCUUAUCUUCGACAUCACCCAGAUCGAGCCCCUCUGGGCCGACCUCAACGGUGGAAUGGACCGCGUUGCCGGCCUCGCCGACGUCAUGACCUCGAUCCGUCUUGACAUUAACAAGGUUGCAGACCUCCGCAAGGCAAUCGCCCUUGACAACGGUGCCGACUUCAAGGUCACCAACGGCUCCGAGGCCGAGCGCCUCCACCAGAAGGUUUCGGUCGCUCCCCGCGCAAACUUCUCCAACGAGUUCCCCAAGAUCGAGGACGACAACGUCCUCAACGAGCUCAAGCACCUCGAGGGCCUCAUCGACCUCGACAAGGUCGUCGUGUGCACUGGUUUCGCCGAGAUCGGCCCCUGGGGCUCUGCUCGUACCCGUUGGGAGAUGGAGGCCCGCGGCGAGUUCACCAUCGAGGGCAUCAUUGAGAUGGCCUGGAUGAUGGGCAUGAUUAAGCACUUUGAAGGCAUGCUCCCCAACGCCGGCGGCAUGGCCGACCCCUACGUCGGCUGGGUCGACGCCAAGUCGAACGAGCCUGUUGACGACAAGGACAUCCGUAACAAGUACGAGAAGGAGAUCCGCAACCACACUGGUAUCCGCAUCAUCGAGCCCGACCUCUUCUUCGGCUACGACCCCGAGAAGAAGGGCUUCACCCAGGAGAUUGAGCUCAACCACGACCUCGAGCCCCUCGAGGUUUCGGCCGACGAUGCCGCCAAGUUCAAGCGUGAGCAGGGCGACGCUGUCGACAUCUGGGCCCAGGAGUCGGGCGAGUGGUUCGUCAAGUUCAAGAAGGGCGCUCGUGUCCUCCUCCCCAAGGCCGUCAAGUUUGACCGUGUUGUCGCCGGCCAGAUUCCCAGCGGUUGGGACGCCAAGCGCUACGGUCUCCCUGACGACAUCAUCUCGCAGGUCGACCGCACCGCCCUCUGGGCUCUCGUCUCCGUCACCGAGGCUCUCAUCAUGUCGGGUGUCACCGACCCUUACGAGCUCUACAAGUACAUCCACCCCUCUGAGGUCGGUACCUCGCUCGGUUCGGGUAUGGGUGGUAUGCGCUCGCUCUCCGAGAUGUUCAAGGGCCGUCGCGAGGAGCAGGAUGUCCAGAAGGACAUCCUCCAGGAGACCUUCAUCAACACCGUUGCUGGCUGGGUCAACCUCCUCCUCAUGUCGGCUUCGGGUCCGGUUAAGAUCCCCGUCGGUGCUUGCGCCACCGCUCUUCAGUCGGUUGAGAUCGGUUGCGACUCGAUUCUCUCGGGCAAGGCCAAGGUCAUGAUCGCCGGUGGUUACGACGACUUCUCCGAGGAGGGCUCGUUCGAGUUCGCGAACAUGAAGGCCACCUCGAACGCCGAGACCGAGUUCGCCAACGGCCGUGAGCCCAACGAGUUCUCACGCCCCAUGACCUCGACCCGUGCCGGCUUCAUGGAGUCGCAGGGCUGCGGUGUCCACAUUCUCAUGAGCGCCAAGACCGCGAUCGAGAUGGGUGCUUCCAUCCAGGGUAUUGUCGCGUACACAUCGACUCACACCGACAAGGCUGGCCGUUCGGUCCCCGCCCCAGGCCGUGGUAUCCUCUCGACUGCUCGCGAGGUCACCCCCCAGGAGUCGCUCCCCAUCCUCGACCUCAAGUACCGUUCCCGCCAGCUUGCGUUCCGCCGCAAGCAGAUCUCGCAGUGGUUCGAGAACGAGCUCGACAACCUCCGGGACGAGGCCUCGGUUACCGGCAAGGCCGACGACUCCGAGUGGUUCGCCCGCCGCGUCGACUUCAUCGAGCGCGAGGCUAAGCGCCAGGAGAAGGAGGCUCUCGGCACAUACGGCAUGCUGGAGGGCUCUGACCCCAAUAUUGCGCCUCUCCGCCGCGCCCUCGCUGUCUGGGGCCUCGACGCCGACUCGGUUGGUGUUAUCUCAUGCCACGGUACCUCGACCAAGGCCAACGACAAGAACGAGUCGGGUGUCUACAACCUCCAGUUCGAGCAGCUCGGCCGCUCGAAGGGUAACGCCGUCCCCGUCAUCACCCAGAAAUACCUCACUGGUCACCCCAAGGGUGGUGCCGCGGCCUGGAUGUUCAACGGCAUGCUCCAGACCCUCCAGUCUGCUCUCAUCCCCGGCAACGCCAACGCCGACAACAUCUCGGAGGAGCUCCGUGCCUUCCCGCACCUCUUCUACCCGUCCAAGGCUAUCCAGCACACGCGCCUCGAGGCCGGUCUCCUCACCUCGUUCGGUUUCGGCCAGGUCGGUGGCCAGGCUGCCCUACUCCACCCGCGCUACCUCUUCGCUGCGAUUCCCAACGGCCAACUGGAGGAGUACAAGCUGAAGCGCCAAGCUCGCCAGUUCGAGGCUUACGCUCGCCAGUCCCAGUCUAUGAUCCGCAACAACCUUGUUCAAAUCAAGGACGCGCCGCCUUACGGCCCCGACCUCGAGGGUCCCGUACUCCUCAACCCCCUGGCUCGCGCCGGCCCGUCCAAGAACGGCUCAUACGAGUUCAAGGGCAAGCUCCCCUCCGAGGUGCCGCUCUCCCGCGCUAACGCCGACACCAUCAAGGCGCUGCACCUGCAGACCCAGGCUGGCGUCGCCGGUGUUGGUGUCGACACUGAGCUCAUCUCGUCUGUCCCGACCUCGGACUCGUUCCGUGAGCGCAACUUCACGGCUGGUGAGAUCGAGUACUGCAACGCUGCGCCCGACUCGCGCGCUUCGUACGCUGGCCGCUGGGCCGCCAAGGAGGCCGUCUUCAAGGCCCUCUCCGUGCCCUCUAAGGGCGCUGGUGCGUCCAUGAAGGACAUUGAGAUUGUCUCGACCGCGUCGGGCCCCGAGGUCAAGCUCCACGGUGACGCGGCCAAGGCCGGCGGCGGCAAGAAGAUCAAGGUCUCGCUGUCGCACUCUGACGCGAGCGUCGUCGCCUUCGCCGUUGCCAACUAA